AUGGCACGCCUACGCGCCACAUCCCAUGGGCCCGCCACCGUCCUCUCCUCACCGCCACCUCCCCUUCCUCCCUCCCUCGCACCGAUGCCGCCGCCGCCACCGCCACCAAUGCCAGCACCCGCGGGCGCCGCCGCCCGCCCACACCCACCAGCCGCCGCUUGCCAGCACGCACUGCCAGCACGCACGCGCCUGCCAGCACGCACGCGCCCGCCAGCACACGCCCGCCGCGGCCGCGUCAGGCUGCCGCCUCUCGCGGAGCGGGUGUACAAGCAGGAGGCUGUCCACUGGUCCCCCUCUCGCCGUGCCAUCGGUCGACCUCUAUACACCCUCACCCUGGUUUGGACCGGCUAG